CGAAAGUGUACUGUGUAGGGAAAAAUGGCGGAACCCGAAACGGUAAAGGAUAUGAAUUCGCCCAGAAGCGACAGGAGCUCCAGCCCUGGUGAGAUGGGUGCUGCAGAGACGAGGAGGAGGAGGAGGAAGUGUUCCACCUCCUCAGAUGAAGGAGAUAGUGAUGGAGAUGAUCAGAAGAGGACUAACGAUGGGGAGCGUAGUAGCCCUCCUGCAGAAAGAACCAGGGAUGAAGAAGAUAAGGCAGAGGUUCAAGAUGCAGCACAGACACGGCAGUCAGGAUCCAGCGGCUCUGACAGCGACAGCAGUGAAGACGACAGUGACGAUGAUGGCAGACAUAAGAUCAGGAGCAGUGUUGCACAAGUCUCGAGGGAAACACAGAACGAGAGCAGGAGACCCAGACGCAGGAGUUCUUCCACAGAGAGGAGCAACGGUGCAAGGUCGCGUUCACGCUCCGGCUCCAGAUCUCCAUCACCACAGAGAUAUUCAAACAGAUAUGGCAGGCCUCGAGACGGUGACAGAGAUUGGCGUCAAGGUCGAGGCCCCAGCAGAGAGCGAGACGAGGACCGUCGCUCAGAUCGACGCUACAGCAGAAACCGACACACUGAUAGAGAGAGGUUCGGCUCCAGAAGGGCGAGGUCUGCUUCUCCAUCUCAAAAGGACGAUCCCCCCACAGAGGAGCCUCCUGUCAAGAAGAAGAAGGAGGAGCUGGACCCAAUUCUGACCCGCACCGGAGGAGCUUACAUUCCACCCGCCAAGCUGAGAAUGAUGCAGGCCCAGAUUACAGAUAAGAGCAGUCUGGCGUUCCAGAGGAUGAGCUGGGAGGCUCUGAAGAAGUCCAUCAAUGGUCUCAUCAACAAGGUGAACGUGUCCAACAUCGGCAACAUCAUUCAGGAGCUGCUGCAGGAGAACAUCGUCAGGGGCAGGGGUCUUUUGGCCCGAUCUGUGCUUCAGGCUCAGAGCGCGUCUCCCAUCUUUACCCACGUCUACGCUGCCGUGGUGGCCAUCAUCAACUCCAAAUUCCCUCAGAUAGGAGAUCUCAUCCUUAAGAGGCUCGUCCUCAACUUCCGCAAAGGCUACAGAAGAAAUGACAAGCAACAAUGUCUGACAGCUUCUAAGUUCGUGGCUCAUCUCAUCAAUCAGAAUGUGGCUCAUGAGGUGCUGUGUUUGGAGAUGCUGACUCUGCUGCUGGAACGACCCACUGAUGACAGCGUGGAGGUCGCCAUCAGCUUUCUGAAGGAGUGUGGCCUCAAACUCACUGAGGUUUCUCCUCGAGGCAUUAAUGCGAUAUUUGAGCGGCUGAGAAACAUCCUGCACGAGUCAGAGAUCGAUAAGCGCGUUCAAUACAUGAUUGAGGUGAUGUUUGCCAUUAGGAAGGAUGGUUUUAAGGACCAUCCCAUCAUCUCAGAGGGGCUGGACUUGGUGGAGGAGGAGGACCAGUUCACCCACAUGCUCCCCCUGGAGGAUGAUUACAACCCUGAGGACAUACUCAACGUUUUCAAGAUGGAUCCGGACUUUCUGGAGAAUGAAGAGAAGUACAAGGCCAUUAAGAAGGAGAUCCUGGACGAGGGAAGCAGUGACUCUGGUGAUGACGCCGAUGGUAGCGAUGACGAAGAGGAGGAAGAUGAAGAUCAGGAAGAAGCUGAGGAAGACCAAUCCAACGUCACCAUUCUGGACAAGACCGAGGUGAACCUGGUCUCGUUUCGUCGCACUAUUUAUCUGGCAAUUCAGUCAAGCUUGGACUUUGAGGAAUGUGCUCACAAACUGAUCAAGAUGAACCUACCUGAGAGCCAGACGAAGGAGCUGUGUAACAUGAUUGUGGACUGCUGUGCCCAACAGAGAACCUAUGAGAAGUUCUUCGGCCUGCUGGCCGGGAGGUUCUGUUUGCUGAAGAAAGAGUACAUGGAGAGUUUUGAGGGGAUUUUUCAGGAGCAGUAUGAAACCAUCCACCGACUGGAGACCAACAAACUGCGGAACGUGGCCCGGAUGUUUGCACACCUCCUCUAUACCGACUCCGUACCCUGGAGCGUUCUGGAGUGUAUGAGGAUGAGCGAGGAGACCACAACGUCAUCCAGCCGUAUCUUCGUGAAGAUCCUGUUUCAGGAACUGUGUGCCUACAUGGGACUCCCCAAACUCAACGAGAGACUCAAGGACAUGACUCUGCAGCCUUUCUUUGAGGGCCUGUUCCCUCGCGAUAACCCGAGGAACACCAGAUUCGCCAUCAACUUCUUCACCUCCAUCGGCCUUGGUGGACUCACAGACGAGCUGAGAGAGCACUUGAAGAACGCUCCUAAGAUGAUCAUGACCCAGAAUCAGGACGUGGAAUCGUCAGACUCUUCCUCCUCUUCUUCCUCCUCCUCCUCUUCGUCGGACUCCUCCUCCUCUGAUAGUGACAGCAGUAAUAGUGACUCGGACAGCUCCAGCGACUCGGACAACUCCUCAGACGCAGACAAGAGAGGUAAAAAAGCGUCCAGGCAUGGAAAGAAAGACAAGCAGAAAAGCUCCAAACACACUCCUGCUCUAGGGGAGAGGCACAGCAAAAAACGUGGGAACCAAAAGCAGGAUCAGAUUAUUGAGGAGCGCAGAAGAGGAGAGGAAAAGUCACAAAAAGAUUCAUUUGUUUCGCGAGAUCGAGCGAGAAGAGAUUCGCCAGACACACAAGGGCGCAGACGAAAUGAUUCGGCUGAGCGUGGAAGACGAAGGGACUCGUCUGAUGAGCGUGGCGCACGGAGAGACUCGCCUGAUGCACGAGGACAUUCACGUAAAGAUUUGGCGGAUGCACGAGGACGUUCACGCAAAGACUUGCCUGACCGCAGUGGACGGAGAGACUCCCCCGAUGCACGAGGACGUGCCCGUAAAGACUCGCCUGAACGUGGGGGAAGGAGAGACUCCCCUGAUGCUCGGGGGCGUUUACUUAAAGACUCACCUGAUAGGGCCGGACGGCGAGACUCCCCUGAUGCACGAGGACGUGUACGCAAAGACUCACCAGAUGCACAAGGACGUUCACGAAAAGACUCACCUGAUAGGGCCGGACGGCGAGACUCCCCUGAUGCACGAGGACAUGUACGCAAAGACUCACCUGAUAGGGCCGGACGGCGAGACUCCCCUGAUGCACGAGGACGUGUACGCAAAGACUCACCAGAUGCACAAGGACGUUCACGAAAAGACUCACCUGAUAGGGCCGGACGGCGAGACUCCCCUGAUGCACGAGGACGUUCACGAAAAGACUCACCUAAUAGGGCCGGACGGCGAGACUCCCCUGAUGCACGAGGACGUUCACGAAAAGACUCACCUAAUAGGGCCGGACGGCGAGACUCCCCUGAUGCACGAGGACGUUCACGAAAAGACUCACCUGAUAGGGCCGGACGGCAAGACUCCCCUGAUGCACGAGGACGUGUACGCAAAGACUCACCAGAUGCACGAGGACGUUCACGUAAAGACUCACCUGAACGGGCCAGGCGGCAAGACUCCCCUGAUGCACGAGGACGUGCACGCAAAGACUCACCAGAUGCAGGAGGACGUUCACGUAAAGACUCACCUGACCGGGCCAGGCGGCAAGACUCCCCUGAUGCACGAGCACGUGCACGCAAAGACUCCCCUGAUGCACGAGGACGUGCACGCAAAGACUCGCCUGAACAUGGCGGAAGGAGAGACUCUCCUGAUGCUUGGGGGCGUUUACGUAAAGACUCACCAGAUGCACAAGAACGCUCACGUAAAGACUCACCUGACCGUAGCGGACGGCGAGACUCCCCUGAUGCACGAGGACGUUCACGUAAAGACUCGCCUGACCGUGAAGGACGAAAGGAUUCACCCAAGGCACGAGGACACGGUCGAAAAGACUCCCCCAACAUGAAAGAUCGGCCGCGAAGAGACUCACCUGAACGUGGGAGUCGAAAGGACAGGGAACACAAAGGCAGAGAGGACGAGGACUCAUCCAGAAAGGAAACUAAAAGUGACUCUCGUAAGGAGCGAGAGCAGCGGCGCAGCAGAGAGAGGGAAAGGUCAAGGUCAAAAUCACGCGAGCGAAGCCGCAAGGACCCGGGAGACUCGUACAGAAAUGGAGUGGAACGUGAGGACAAGGAGAAUAAGGAGAACCGGUACAGGGAGUCCAGGCGGAGGGAGGACAGGAGCAUGGAGCGGUCGCCACGGAGACGCAGAUAGCCAACAGUGACGGUUAUACCCAAAUAUUUGUAGUCUUUUUUUUAUUCUUUCUUGUUUCCAAACCUUCAUCGUGUCUCUGUGUCUGCAAACUGCUUUGGUGCUGUAAAAAGCAGUGCAUCAUGGGAAAUUUAGUCUAAAGAGACCCACAUUGAAUUCUGUAUGCUGUUCACAUGGUGACUGUUUUAGAUCCACGUUGGACUGAUGGAAUCUUGGAGGACUGUUUGUAUUAUGGAACAUGUUUUGUAUUUUAUGAUUCUGUUUCCCUCAAAUGUUUUGUGUGUUGGAGGGUAAAUAAUUGAUUAAAGGACUGGAACUGG